AUGGAAUCAACAACUUAGACAAUCACUUAAACAUAAAGUCAACCACAAAUUCAUACUUUCGAAAUAAAAAAGAAGUAAAGUAUAAAAUGGGCUGAAGAUACAAUAGAUAAUGAGCAUCUCGGGCGCAAGAAAUCAAAGAUUUGCUGUUAAUAUGAAAAGCCUGUAAAGCAUCCUGAUGAGGAAAGCGAUAAUAGUAGUUGCUGUGAUAGCGAUAAAGAAGAUGAGAGAAAUAGUUAUGAUCGUCCCCCAAAGCAUAUGAGAAAACAUUAACAUAAAAAUCAUGAUCAUGAUCACGAUCACGAUCAUACAAAGCAAUGA